AUGGGAAACGGCGGCGUUCAGAAUCAGGCUCAGAUUCGUUCUCGGGAAGCGGCGGUGACAGCAGUUGCCAGCCCCCAGCUCCUCUCCGGGUCCGUGCUGAGUCCGCCGCCGGGCCUGGGUCGCUGCCUGAAGGACCGCAGCCGUCAGUCGGCCGCAGCUGCAGGAGAAUGCAAGCCUACAGUUCCCGACUACCAAAUAGACAAGCUACUAUUGGCAAACUGGGGACUUCCUAAAGCAGUUCUGGAAAAAUACCACAGUUUUGGUGUAAAAAAGAUGUUCGAAUGGCAGGCAGAGUGCCUUUUGCUUGGACAAGUCCUGGAAGGAAAGAAUUUAGUUUAUUCAGCUCCUACAAGUGCUGGGAAGACUCUUGUGGCAGAAUUACUUAUUUUGAAGCGGGUUUUGGAAAUGCAGAAGAAAGCUUUGUUUAUUCUUCCCUUUGUUUCUGUGGCUAAAGAGAAGAAGUACUACCUCCAGAGUCUGUUUCAGGAAGUAGGAAUAAAAGUAGAUGGUUAUAUGGGCAGCACCUCUCCAUCAAGGCAUUUCUCUUCAUUGGAUAUUGCAGUCUGCACAAUUGAGAGAGCCAACGGUCUGAUCAAUCGCCUCAUAGAGGAAAAUAAGAUGGAUCUGUUAGGAAUGGUGGUUGUCGAUGAAUUACAUAUGCUGGGAGACUCUCACCGAGGGUAUCUGCUGGAACUUUUGCUGACCAAGAUUUGCUAUAUUACUCGGAAAUCAGCAUCUUGUCAGGCAGAUUUAGCCAGUUCUCUGUCUAAUGCUGUGCAGAUUGUUGGCAUGAGUGCUACCCUUCCUAAUUUGGAGCUUGUGGCUUCCUGGUUGAAUGCUGAACACUACCAUACCGACUUUCGCCCUGUACCGCUUUUGGAGUCAGUAAAAGUUGGAAAUUCCAUAUAUGACUCUUCAAUGAAACUUGUGAGGGAAUUUGAACCCAUGCUACAAGUGAAG